GAGUGCAGGAGGCGAUAGGACCGGACUACAGUUCCCAGCAUCCUCAGCUCCCGCCGUCAGCUUGCGGCCCACACCCGCAGCGGCUCUUCCAGGUUCCACUACCUGGGAGUCUCGGGCUCUGAACCCGGGGAGCUCCAGUAGCUCUGCGGGACUAGCGCUGCCCAGUCCCGGCGGGAGAUGGCCUUGCGGCUGGGCCGGCUGGGCUCGGGGCCCUGGUGGCGAGCGGUGCGGGGCGACUAUGGACAGAUGCACGCCGCGUCCUCGCGCAGCGCGUCCGCCCGCGUCUGCUGGCUGCCUGGCACGGCUGGUACCCAGCCUCGCCGUGGGCUGGGCUAUGGCCCCUCGGCUGGAGGCGGCUCCCGGCUGGGGACCGGGCUGGCCGCGGCGCUGGCGGGGUUGGCAGGGCUGGCAGCCGCCGCCUUCGGGCACGUGCAGCGGGCGGAGAUGGUGCCCAAGAGCUCGGGGGCGCGGAGCCCCUCACCUGGACGGCGGGAGGAGGACGGGGACGAGCUGACCCGCCGCUGCAGCACCUUCAUGUCUUCGCCGGUGACCGAGCUGCGGGAGCUGCGGAGGAGGCCCGAGGAUAUGAAGACCAAGAUGGAGCUGAUGAUUAUGGAGACCCAGGCCCAGGUGUGUCGGGCGCUAGCGCAGGUAGACGGAGUCGCCGACUUCGCUGUGGACCGGUGGGAGAGGAAGGAAGGAGGAGGUGGCAUCACCUGUGUGCUUCAGGAUGGGCGUGUGUUUGAAAAGGCCGGGGUGAACAUUUCUGUCGUUCAUGGGCAUCUUUCUGAGGAAGCAGCAAACCAAAUGAGAGGCAGAGGAAAAGUUCUGAAGAAGAAAGAUGGUAAAUUGCCAUUUACUGCUAUGGGUGUCAGCUCUGUGAUUCACCCCAAGAAUCCUUAUGUACCCACCAUGCAUUUCAACUACAGAUACUUUGAAGUAGAGGAAGCUGAUGGUACCACGCACUGGUGGUUUGGGGGUGGAUGUGACCUCACACCGACAUACUUGAACCAAGAGGAUGCUGUCCAUUUCCACCGUACUCUAAAGGAAGCUUGUGAUCAGCACGGGCCAGACAUCUACCCCAAAUUUAAAAAAUGGUGCGAUGACUACUUCUUUAUCGUGCAUCGAGGAGAGCGGAGGGGCAUCGGCGGCAUCUUUUUUGAUGAUCUCGACUCUCCAUCCAAGGAGGAGGCUUUCAGCUUCGUGAAGUCCUGUGCUGAGGCUGUGGUUCCUUCCUAUGUUCCCAUUGUAAAAAAGCAUUGUGAUGACUCAUUCACGCCCCAGGAUAAGCUGUGGCAGCAGCUGAGGAGAGGGCGGUAUGUGGAGUUUAAUCUGGUGUAUGAUCGGGGCACCAAGUUUGGCCUCUUUACUCCAGGAUCCAGGAUCGAAAGCAUCUUGAUGUCUUUACCUCUAACAGCAAGAUGGGAGUACAUGCAUUCCCCUCCAGAGAAUUCCAAAGAGGCUGAAAUUCUGGAAGUACUGCGCCAUCCGAAGGACUGGGUGCACUGAUGCAGCUGACAGCCUUGCGCCAGGGCCUGGUGGACGAGGUGGGGUCUUCCUGCACUGUGGCCACUGUGUGGCAGGCAGUAUCUUCUGUGCCUUAGUGUCCCUGCCUUCUCUACUCUGGGCACCUCCUCUGUGGCAGUCAGUUUUGAUCUUUUCCAGUGCUGUGAGAAGGCGUGGCAAUGGUGAGUGGGGAUACAAAAAUUCAUUUGUACUUUUAGAAUCAUUUUCUCUGACCAGUCAAUUUGACAUUGGGUUUCCAGGUCUUGAGAUAAGGGAAUGUAAAUACUAUGAUAAACACCAGGAAACUGUUCAUUUUAUUUGUUGCUUGAAGUUGGUUUUGGCUACAGGAAUUUAUCAGGGGAUACAUUUUAUCUUCAUUAGUUCAUUCAGGCUGCCCUUCUUGGGAAUUUAGAAGGCAAUUUGAAGCCAGGCGGUGGUGGCACAUGCCUUUAAUCCCAGUAUUCAGGAAGCAGAGGCUGGUAGAUCUCUGAAUUUGAGGUCAGCCUGAUCUACAAAGGGGAGUUCUAGUACAGCCAGGGCUACACAGAAAAACCCUGUCUCAAAAAACAACAACAGCAAAAACCCAUUUGAAGAAAUAUGUUUUUCUUUGUUGUUUUUGAAGUUUCUUUGAUGUAAUUUUCAUGUAUCUUUAUAGAUCAGAAUAUUAUUAAAAAAUACUCAUUUUUUUUUUAAGAUAGCUACUUAGGAACUUUGGGAAUUUUCUUUAGUCAGUUCUUGCAUUAUAUAAUGAUAAUCUAGUUUACAACUACAGAUGGCAUUAUUACUAUUUAAAUAAGUGACAUCUGUGACAUCUUUAGUGGUCAAGUUUUAUGGGAUCAUAAUUAGCUAACAUUAGAUUUCUAUGUAUUUUUGAAAGCAAAAGCUUAUCUCCCUAGAUUCUGAUACUUAAAAGCUUUAUAUUGUAGAGAUUUAGAUAUGGGAGAUUAGACUAAGAACACAUGAAAUACAGUUUUCUCUUUAAUUAAAAAGAAUGGAGCUAGUGUAACAUGGGCAUUUUAUAUAUUUUUUUAAAAAUGGGCCAAUAGAAAUUGUCUUACUUUUCAAAUUAGAGACUCUUCAACUUUUAUUUUUUCUUUUAAAAGUCACAGCAUUAAGAAAUGUGUGGUUUACUUGUCUAAAUAAUAGUAUGACUGUGCUGUUAUUUGAUUUAUAAUAUAUUGAGUUUGUGAGGAACAAUAUAUUAUACAUAUUUAAAUAUUUUCCUGGAAUAUGUUGGAUGUAUGUGAUUGUGUUUGAAUCUUUUAGGGUGAGAAAAUCUACAAAUUCUUCAACAUGUCUUAUAUAGAUUCAGCUAAUAAAUUUUAUUAUA